AAACAGUGUAACAAAUGGAUGAGUGUGAUUGCUGUAUCAUCCUUACAGAAAACAUUGUGCCAUCUAAAUAAUAUUGCCCAUCUUUACAAUGUCGAAGGUUAUUACAGUAAGAGUGCAGUCUGCAGAACAUGGGACUAAAAGAAUUGAAACCAAGGGAUCGGAGUCUAUUGCAAACUUCUUCAAUAAGAUUCAGUCCGAGUUUGGCCUUGGUGAUAUUGGUUGGGAUGUCUAUCAGAAGAGGGACAAGACAGGACAUAUUAGGACUUCUCGUGCCAAAAACAUAGACUCCUAUAAAAUCAAACAUGGAGACAUGUUAUAUUUAGUCUGCAGUGCUAAAACUGGUGGUAAUGAAGAACCCAUGGAAACAGGAAGCACUUCAUCAAAUAUGCCUUCUAGCGGAAUACAGCAGGACGAAGUAGAUCUGAUCCUGGGAAAGGAAGACGGCAGAAUACACAGGAAUCGAAAUGAUCAGCUAUGCCACCAUGGGCCUAAUGGAAAAUGUCUUCAUUGUGUUCCCCUAGAGCCAUAUGAUGAAGACUUUUUGAAGAGUUGUGAACCGCCAAUCAAAUUCUUGUCUUUCCAUUCGUACCUUAGAAAACUAACAGGAGGCGUGGACAGGGGGAAGUUUGUAAAUCUUGAAAACCUCAGCUGUAGGAUUAAAACUGGCUGCAAGGAGCAUCCUCCAUGGCCGGGUGGAAUCUGUACCAAGUGUCAACCAAACGCAGUCACACUCAAUAGACAGAAAUACCGCCACAUAGACAAUAUCAUGUUUGAAAAUCCUCAAGUGGCUGACAGGUUUCUAGACUUCUGGAGGAAAACUGGCAGUCAGCGAAUAGGUAUUCUGUAUGGCAGAUACGAGCCACACAAAGAUGUUCCACUUGGCAUAAAGGCGACAGUAGCAGCUAUAUACGAACCCCCUCAGGUAUGUACGAAGAACAGAAUCGAGUUACUGGAAGAUGAAAAGGAAAAUGUUGUGAAUCAAGUAGCUGAAAAGCUUGGUGUGAGACCCGUGGGCUGGAUAUUCACAGAUCUUGUUGCUGAUGACCUUACUAAAGGCACAGUGAAAAACUUCAGAGGUAACAUGGAUGCCCAUUUCAUUAGUUCAGAAGAAUGUAUUAUGGCUGGACACUUCCAGAAUAAAUACAAAAAUCCUUGUAAACUUUCUCGAGAGGGCUAUUUCGGCUCCAAGUUUGUUACUAUUGUAGUUACAGGUGACAAUUCCAAUCAGAUCCACUUUGAGGGUUACCAGGUGACGAACCAGUGCAUGGCUCUCGUGAAUGACGAGUGUCUCAUUCCCACCAAAGAUGUUCCCGAACUCGGCUAUAUAAAGGAAUCCAGCAAUGAGCAAUAUGUCCCAGACGUAUUUUACAAGAACAAGGAUAACUACGGCAAUGAAGUGACUCAGCUUGCGCGUCCUCUACCAGUGGAGUACCUCCUGGUGGACAUCCCAGCAGCGUUCCCAGUGGAGCCGCAGUAUACCUUUCAAACAAACCCCGAUGUUAAACCAUUUCCUACUGAAAACCGAUCAGAUCUCGGAGAAAUCCAAGAUUUCAAUUCUCUGGUGCAGUACAUGGGAUCAUUUCAACCCAGCCAGUUUUUGGAGUGCAUGUCGGAUUUCCACUUACUGCUGUUUCUAGCCACAAGUGAAAUGUUGCCCCUGAAGACAAAGAUGAAUAUUUUACUGGAGGCGGUGAAGACUAAGUCCGAGAGUAAAGCCAUGGAGUUUAAAAAGUCUGAGGAGUUUGCCACGGUUGAGGAGAUGAUUGCAGCUCAUGCACCAUCACCGACAAUAUCUCGACAAGCGUCAUACGUGGGUCCAGGAGCGGCCCCACUGCCCCCUAUCGGUCAGUCGGGCAGUUUGUGGACGUGCGCGCACUGCACGUUUCUGAACCAGCCUGGUCACAACACCUGUGAUAUCUGCUCUCUACCCCGCUAGAUUACAACCCACGCCAUACAGAGUCUUUAUUUUUUUAAAAUACCUGCAGCUCUUCGCAUAUUGUACCAAACUCAACAGUUUCAUGUAGUUACUGCCUGAAGGACUUCGUGGAAGAGAAAAGUAUUUCAUUGUUUGAAAUGUGAUGUGUGAAAGGAAUUAGUAAUAUGGUUUUUCAUUUUGUACCGUAGUUAUUGCAUAGUUAUUUGUUUUCCAUUACCACAUUGGUUACACACAAAACUUGUUAUUGAAAGUAGUUUUAGGUCAAAUAAUUUUGUGUGACACAGUGGUAUAAAAUGACCAUCAAUGAUGUGCUUACAGUAAUAUGGUCUUGGUAUGUAAUAUUAUUACAGACUAUGGUAAAAUGUAUAUAGCACAAACUGAAACCUUUAUGUUGAUUAACUGGUAAAGAAGGAUAAAAGAUAUAAAAUUACAAAUAUAAGGUAGAAAAUGUUCAGGGCACGGAAUGGCUGAUCAUUAAUGUAGAAUCUGAUAUGAAAUUAUUAUGGUACAAACUGACUGAUACCAUAUGGUGUUGCAGACACUGGUUCUUUGUUUAAAGUUCGAAAAUAAUAAAACAUAUGAGAUUGUUCUGUAUUAAAGUUAGGAGAGGAAAACACUAAAACAGAUGAGAUUGAUAUUUUUGUUACUUUUCAUUAAAUACACCAAGGUAUAA